AUGAGACUGUUGUUUCUCUUACUUAACGCUCUCAUGUUACUUAAAGCAUAUGGUAUUAUUACUGAUGAAACUGAUAGACAAGCCUUGCUGGAGAUGAAGUCUCGAGUUUCUGAAGAGAGAAAAGUUGUCUUGUCCUCAUGGAACAACUCAUUCCCACUUUGCAACUGGAAGGGGGUUACAUGUGGCCGCAAACACAAGAGAGUGACUAGUUUGGACCUACGAGGAUUGCAAUUGGGAGGAGUAAUAUCACCAUCUAUUGGUAAUCUUUCUUUUCUCAUAUCGCUUAAUCUCUCUGGAAACUCUUUUGGUGGUACCAUUCCACAAGAGGUGGGAAAGUUGUAUAGACUUGAACGAUUGGAUAUGAGCUUAAACUUUCUAGGAGGAAGGAUUCCAACGAGUCUGUCUAAUUGCUCAAGAUUGCUGUAUCUUUAUUUAUAUUCGAAUCAUCUUGGAGAAAGUGUUCCUUUAGAACUAGGGUCGUUGAAGAAACUUGUUAGUUUAAAUUUUGGUCGGAACAACCUGGAAGGAACACUCCCCGCAUCUAUAGGAAACUUGACAUCCCUUGUAUAUCUUAACUUUGGAAUUAAUGAUAUACAAGGAGGUAUUCCAGAUGGUAUAGCUAGAAUGACUCAGUUGGUGGGUCUUGAAAUAUCAGGGAAUAAUUUCUCAGGUGUUUUUCCUCCUGCUAUCUACAACGUGUCUUCACUUGAGCUUUUAUACAUGUUUAGUAAUGGCUUUUGGGGUGAUCUGAGGCCUGAUUUUGGUAACUUGUUACCAAACCUUAAAGCGCUAACCAUGGGGGAUAAUCAUUUCUCUGGAGCCAUUCCAACUACACUUCCCAAUAUUUCGAAUCUUCAAGAAUUCGGAACAGAGUCUAAUAAUUUUACGGGAAGUAUUCCUCCGAGCUUUGGUAAACUAAGAAACUUGCAGUAUCUGUCUCUUCUUGGUAAUUCUUUGGGAAGUGGUUCGUUUGGAGAUCUUGAGUUUCUUGGUGCUUUGACUAAUUGUACCCAACUACAAGUGUUAGAUGUUGGUGACAACAAGUUUGGUGGUGACUUGCCUACUUCCAUUGCCAAUAUGUCCAAGAACCUCAACUAUUUAAGCCUUCAAAAAAAUCUCAUCUCUGGAAACAUUCCUCAUGACAUUGGAAAUCUCAUAAGCCUACAAUCAUUUGGGUUGAACGAAAAUAUGUUGACAGGACCACUCCCAACCUCUCUUGGUAAGCUUUUAGGAUUGGGGGAACUAAGUGUCCACUCAAAUAGAAUGUCAGGAGAGAUACCAUCUUCUUUAGGCAACCUCACUUUGUUACAAAGACUUUAUCUGUUCAACAAUAUUUUUGAAGGGACUCUUCCUCCGAGUCUUGGUGAUUGUGUUCAUAUGCUCGAUUUACGGAUUGGCUAUAAUAAGUUGAAUGGGGAUAUACCUAAAAGCAUUAUGCAAAUCCCAACACUUGUUACCCUAGGAUUGUCAAAUAAUUCAUUAUCUGGUUCUCUACCAAAUGAUGUUGGAAAAUUACAAAAUCUUGUUGUGUUAUCACUUGGGAAUAAUAAAUUGUCGGGACAAAUCCCACAGACGUUGGGAAAAUGUCUCUCGAUGGAACAACUUUAUCUGCAAGGAAAUGAUUUUGAUGGAGAUAUUCCAAAUAUAAAAGGGUUGGUGGGUGUUAAAAGACUCGAUUUCUCAAACAAUAAUCUCUCUGGAGGUAUACCUGAGUAUUUUGCAAACUUCUCUUCGUUGGAGUAUCUCAAUCUAUCUUUUAAUAAUUUUGAGGGAAGGGUGCCAGAAGAAGGAAAAUUUCAGAAUGCUACUAUAGUUUCAGUGUUUGGAAACAAGAAUCUAUGUGGAGGCAUUAGAGAGCUGCAACUUAAGCUAUGUCUCGCGCAAGCAACACCAAAUGAGACAAACCAUUCCUCUCGUUUGAAGAAAGUUGUGAUUGGUGUCUGCAUAGGCAUAGCUUUGCUUUUGUUGUUGAUCAUAGUCGUAGUUUCUCUGUGGUUAAGAAAAAGAAAGAAGAAACAGAUUAAUAAUCAGACUUCUUCCUCGUUGGGGGACUUCCAUGUAAAGAUAAGCUAUGGAGAUCUCCGGGACGCGACAAAUGGAUUCUCUUCAAGCAAUUUGAUUGGCUCAGGCAGUUUUGGUACUGUGUUUAAGGCAUUGCUCCCCACGGAAAAAAAUGUUGUUGCGGUGAAAGUUCUAAACUUGCAGAGACAUGGAGCAAUGAAGAGUUUUAUGGCAGAAUGUGAAUCUUUGAAGGAUAUUAGGCAUCGUAAUCUUGUGAAACUGUUAACUUCUUGUUCGAGUAUCGAUUUCCAAGGAAACGAAUUCAGAGCUCUCGUAUAUGAGUUCAUGCCUAAUGGAAGCUUGGAUAUGUGGCUGCACCCAGUGGAAGUCGAAGAGAUUCGUAGGCCCUCAAGAACCUUGACACUUCUUGAAAGACUCAACAUUGCUAUAGACGUGGCCUCUGCUUUGGACUAUCUUCAUGUUCAUUGUCAUGAACCUAUAGCCCAUUGUGAUCUUAAGCCAAGCAACGUCCUCCUAGAUGAUGAUUUGACUGCUCAUGUUAGCGACUUUGGUUUGGCUCGAAUUCUCCUCAAGUUCGACCAGGAGUCUUUCUUCAACCAACUAAGUUCAGCUGGCGUAAGAGGAACCAUCGGCUAUGCUGCACCAGAAUAUGGAAUGGGAAGGCAGCCUUCAAUACAUGGUGAUGUGUAUAGCUUUGGGAUUCUCCUUUUGGAAAUGUUCACUGGAAAACGACCAACCAAUGAGUUAUUUGGUGGAAACUUCACCCUGCACAACUACACCAAAUCGGCGUUGCCAGAGAAAGUCUUGGACAUUGUCGACGUAUCAAUUCUUCACAGCGGUCUCAGAGUCGGUUUCCCUGUGUCUGAGUGCUUGACAAUGGUUUUGGAAUUGGGACUUAAGUGCUGUGGAGAAUCCCCGAUCAACCGGUUGGCGAUGAGUGAAGCUGCAAAAGAGUUAAUCUCAAUCAGAGAGAGGUUCUUUCAAACCAGAAGAACAGCCAGACGUUGAAGUGAUUAUGGUUUCUUCUACAGACUUUGCUACCUAUGAAAUAAAGGCUCGUUCUCAUCAGGCCUAUCUAGCUAAUGUCAUAAUCUCUUCUUCAUUAAUUCGUGUUUUCAUUUUUUUUUUUUUUACCUCUAUGUAAGUGUAACGUACCUAUGCUUGCAGAAUAUUAUCCAGAAAUGCUCUGUUUUUUGGAAGACAAAAUAACGAAAAGAUGUGUUUUA